AUGGCUGCCACAGCUACUGCUUCUACAAUCCGUUACGCACCUGAGGACCCAGAUCUCCCUAAGCCAUGGAAAGGCCUUGUGGAUAGUAAAACUGGCUACUUGUACUUUUGGAAUCCGGAGACCAAUGUUACUCAGUACGAGAGACCACCUCCUCCCAAGCUCUCUGCCGUUCCACAAAGCUCUCCGGCUCAGACUCAGCAACCUUCCUCUGGAUAUGCCCGUGUGUGCAGUCCUCGAAAAGAGGAGGUGGAUAAGUAUAGCAGGGGCAGUGAUGGGCCUAAGACUGACUCUGGCUCAAGGUUUACUGAGGCUAGCAGAAGUGGACCAAUGAAUUCCAAUGAUGCUGCUUCUGGUGGAUUAACUGCCACAAGGCCUCCUUCUUCAGCUGCAGGAAACGAAUUGUCCCCAGAGGCCUAUUGCCGCCGCCAUGAAAUUACUGUCACGGGAGGCCAAGCACCACCACCUUUUAUGUCUUUUGAAGCCUCUGGUUUCCCUCCAGAACUUCUGCGGGAGGUAUACAGUGCAGGAUUCUCAGCCCCAUCUCCAAUCCAAGCUCAGUCGUGGCCAAUUGCGAUGCAAAACAGAGACAUAGUGGCCAUUGCUAAAACAGGCUCUGGAAAAACUCUGGGUUACUUGAUUCCAGGCUUCAUGCAUCUUCAGCGGAACCGCAAAGAUUCAAGAAUGGGCCCAACGAUCUUGGUAUUAUCACCUACUAGGGAGUUGGCCACACAAAUCCAAGUUGAAGCUGUGAAAUUUGGGAAGUCAUCAAGAAUCUCGUGUGCUUGCUUGUAUGGUGGAGCACCAAAGGGUCCGCAGCUGAGAGAAAUAGAGAGAGGUGUAGAUAUUGUUGUUGCAACUCCAGGGCGAUUGAAUGAUAUCCUUGAGAUGAGGAAAAUCAGUCUACAACAAAUAUCUUAUCUCGUGCUAGACGAGGCUGAUAGAAUGUUGGACAUGGGGUUCGAGCCUCAGAUCAGGAAAAUUGUGAAUGAGGUUCCUACUAAGCGUCAAACCCUCAUGUACACAGCGACAUGGCCAAAAGAGGUCAGGAGAAUAGCAGCUGAUCUGCUGUCUAACCCUGCCCAGGUCAACAUUGGUAAUGUCGACGAGCUUGUGGCAAACAAGUCCAUUACUCAGACUAUUGAAGUCAUACCACCGAUGGAGAAACAAAGAAGGCUAGAGCAGAUAUUGCGGUCUCAGGAACCGGGUUCCAAGAUUAUCAUCUUCUGCUCGACCAAAAGGAUGUGUGACACUCUCGCAAGGAACCUGACUCGCACGUUUGGAGCUGCUGCUAUACAUGGAGACAAGUCUCAGCCUGAGAGAGACGAUGUUCUGAAUCAAUUUAGAAGUGGCAGGACUCCUGUUCUUGUUGCAACCGAUGUAGCUGCUCGUGGACUUGAUGUUAAGGACAUCAGGGUGGUGGUUAACUAUGAUUUCCCCAAUGGAGUUGAGGAUUAUGUGCAUAGAAUCGGACGAACCGGGAGAGCUGGAGCAACUGGUUUAGCCUACACCUUCUUCGGUGACCAAGAUGCAAAACAUGCUACAGAUCUGAUCAAGAUCUUGGAAGGAGCAAACCAGAAAGUCCCACCAGAGGUUCGCGAAAUGGCUACACGCGGUGGUGGUGGAAUGAACAAAUUCCGCCGCUGGGGUACACCUUCUGGUGGCGGUGGUGGUGGCCGUGGAGGAGGAGGUGGUGGCUAUGGUGACUCUGGUUAUGGUGGCCGUGGUGGUGACUCUGGUUAUGGUGGCCGUGGAGGUGGUUCAGGUUAUGGUGGCCGUGGAGGUGAUUCUGGCGGGAGAGGAAGCUGGUCUUCAUCGCGUGACAGUGGCAGCUCAGGAUGGGGAAGAGAGAGAAGCCGUAGUCCAGAGAGAUUCAACAGAGGUGGUCCACCACCGUCUUCGACUUCUUCUCCACCUCGCAGCUUUCACGAGGCGAUGAUGAUGAAACAAAGAUAA